AAAUAAUAAAGAAAUUGAAAGCAAUACGUUAAUAUACCAUAACAAUAAAAAGAGCAGGAGCGAGAGAUGAGAAAGGGGAUCCAGCCCGCCCUGGAGCAGUACCUGGUGACCGCCGGGGGUGGGGAGGGGGCGGCUGUCGUCGCCGCCGCCGCCGCUGCAGCCUCCAUGGACAAAAGGGCACUGCUAGCCAGCCCCGGCUUCCCCGCCGCUGCCGCCGCCGCCGCCGCUGCCACCGCCCCGGGCGCGUACAUCCAGAUCCUCACCACGAACACUUCCACCUCCUGUUCCUCCUCCCUCCAAAGCGGCGCCGUAGCCGCCGGCCCCCUCCUCCCCAGUGUCACCGGCGCGGAGCAGACCGCCGGCAGCCUCCUCUACACCACGCCGCACGGACCCUCCAGCAGAGCCGGGCUGCUGCAGCAGCCACCAGCGCUGGGACGCGGCGGCAGCGGCGGCGGCGGCCCUCCGGCAAAGCGAAGGCUGGAGCUAGGAGAAAGCGGUCAUCAGUACCUCUCAGAUGGUUUAAAAACCCCCAAGGGCAAAGGAAGAGCUGUACUCCGAAGUCCAGAUAGCCCAAAAACUCCAAAAUCUCCCUCAGAAAAAACACGGUAUGAUACAUCACUUGGUCUGCUCACCAAGAAGUUCAUUCAGCUACUGAGCCAAUCACCUGAUGGGGUCUUGGAUUUGAACAAGGCGGCAGAAGUGCUGAAAGUGCAAAAGAGAAGAAUCUAUGACAUCACCAACGUGCUGGAAGGCAUCCACCUCAUUAAGAAGAAGUCUAAAAACAACGUGCAGUGGAUGGGCUGCAGUCUGUCUGAGGAUGGGGGCAUGCUGGCCCAGUGUCAAGGCCUAUCAAAAGAAGUGACCGAGCUCAGUCAGGAAGAGAAGAAAUUAGAUGAAUUGAUCCAAAGCUGCACCCUGGACCUCAAACUGUUAACCGAGGAUUCAGAGAAUCAAAGAUUAGCUUAUGUUACAUAUCAAGAUAUUCGAAAAAUUAGUGGCCUUAAAGACCAAACUGUUAUAGUUGUGAAAGCCCCUCCAGAAACAAGACUUGAAGUGCCUGACCCAAUAGAGAGCCUACAAAUACAUUUGACCAGUACCCAAGGACCCAUUGAGGUUUACUUGUGUCCAGAAGAGACUGAAACACACAGUCCAAUGAAAACAAAUACCCAAGACCACAAUGGGAAUAUCCCUAAACCCACUUCCAAAGACUUGGCUUCAACCAACUCAGGACAUAGUGAUUGCUCGAUUUCUAUGGCAAACCUUUCUCCUCUGGCCUCCCCAACCAACCUUUUACAGCAGACUGAGGACCAAAUUCCUUCCAACCUAGAAGGACCAUUUGUGAACUUACUGCCUCCCCUGCUCCAAGAAGACUAUCUCCUAAGCCUUGGGGAGGAAGAAGGCAUCAGCGAUCUCUUUGAUGCCUAUGAUUUGGAAAAGCUCCCCCUGGUGGAAGACUUUAUGUGUAGUUGAUUAUGCUUUGUGUGAACUUCCCUUAUAAACCAAUAUUUUUUUAUCCUGGAACCAGAACAUCUGUCAUGCAGUGUUGUCCCUUCCUACCUUCUUCCUCUGAGAUAGUAUCAUGAAGUAAACUGCAAACUUCAGAACAAAGCUGACAUUUUAAUAAAUUGAAAGAAAAUUUUUUUUUUUUUUUUUUUUUUUUUGUCUAAACGCACAGCGGCAGGUUCCUUCUGGAAAGUCCUGCUUUGCCCCAGGCUCCAAAAUCUCCUGGAUGAGUCAGCAAGUGAGAAAAUGUGCAAUCAGGUGUCUCUCACCGUAUCUUUCCUCCCUCCCUCCUGGAUUGGCUUGCUGUGCCUGACGGAUAGGCUGCAGAAGGGGGUCUGGACACCUGGCCCACUCGAAAACAGCAAUCUUCCUUAAUAGCAUUUCAAGCCGUGCCUUCUCCACGGAAUGCAUGUCUUUGGGGGUCUGCUAAUAUGGAAUGGAACGGCGGAACGGCAGGAACUGUAAACUUGAAGUCAUGCAAAAGUCUGAAAUGGAUUUCUUCAGCUCUUAGGAAUAUUUAAAUUACUGUCAUCGUUCAGUUUAAGCUAUGGACUGUGGGUCCCCUAGGAAGGAGGUCAACCACCCUCCACAGCCUUUCGGAUAAAGAACCCGAUUUCAAAUAUUUGUUGCAGAUACAGAAGAAUCGUGGAAUUCUGCCACUCUCGAGCUGUUGUGGAUUUUCCUGUCUCCAGAAACCACUCCGACUCUUUCCCCUUCCCUCCCAUCUCCCCCCCACCCCCAACGUAUUUGUAAGUUUAAAGUUGAUUUGUAGCAAAUGCCUACUUAGAAGUUCUUUGUGGAUUGUUUUAUUAGACUUUCGUUGUCAGGUUGGUUUGUUUGUUUGUUUGUUUUCAGCUGCCAUUUAUGCAUUCCUGUGGUACCCAUCACCAUUUCAAUUUAAUUGUUUACUAAGAAACGGUUUUUUGCUCGUUUUGAGUUUAUUUAAGCAGAGGGAGAGAACCUCUAUGAUCAUCUAAACCUGUGUGAUCUAAGUUUUAACAGCCUCUGCAAAGAAGCAUUGCCCCAUCUUGCUUCCUGUCCCAGGAGCGGGAGCUUCGAACCAGCAGUGUUGGGGUUCGCUGACGUGGGUGGCCCGUGGCAAAGAGAACCAGGUCAGGUGACAGCGGUCCCCAGGAGCAGCAGGUGUGGGUCCCUCCGUUCUUGGGCUUCCCGGGCCCCGGUGACCGGGGAAAGGGCUCUCUUACAUUCACUCAGGGAGACCACUUCUCAGGAUGGGGUCAGAUGGAGCGGCCUCCAGGGAGAAAGAUAUCCCACCGCCUGUGGUGUUCUGUCAGGGCGCCGAGGCAGAACAGGGAGAUCCCACUGUGUCCUGGGCUGCAACAGCCCUGGCCAGAACCUGUCUCCUGCUUCUCGGAAGGAGUGAGUCUGACCAAGGGAAGUCAGGACACAGAGGAAGAGGCUCUGGGAUGCCAGGCAGCUCCCACCUUCCGCUUCAGGAAGGGUGUCCCCCAGCCAGAGGCUUCGUGUCAACUGCAAAUCCUACCAGUGACGUCCAAAGUGGCUUCCCCCCAACCCCCACCCCUCCUACCCCGGCCGUCUCCCGCUGGGAAAGUGGCUUAGUACCUCAAAUCCGCCCCUGGGACGCUAGGGACUGCGGGAAUGAGGGAGUCCUACAAAAAACAAACCUCAAAAGGAACAGUUAAAUUGAAAUGCCACGUGCCCGACACAGAGGUCGGCACAUAGCAGGCACACGAUUCAUAUGUUUCAUGGAAUUGAACAUAUCCCUUAGGAAAAAAUAACAGAAUACCGCGAAAGCCCCAGCCUAAUGACGCUAGGUGGAUUUCCACACUAUAAAAGUGGUGGUGGUGGGGUCAAAACAAGUGACACCAGCACUUUAACUAUUUGUGUAGGUAUGCAUGGGUGUAUGUUUGGGAAGAAAACAAAGGUGCAGAUUAUCUUCCUUUUUCUUCUUCGGCCUCCAUCCCCAGCCUCCCCCCCCGCCCCUCACGCACACUGGACUUGGUACAAAAUAUCCGUGUGAUCUGAGAUGAAGCAUUGGGGUGGGGAAGGGGGGGGAGCUUUGUGUCAAGUGCCUACUGGAAAUGCACUGUGGGGUUUUUUCCUGUAUGGGAAACCAUUUAUGCCAAGCUUUUCCCCAUGUCCCAUAUUUAUCUCAUCUGGUUUUGCUGCCUCUGCUUCCAGCUUUGUGUAAUUCUCUUUGCCAGCUGCACAAAGCUGAUUUUUUCCAAAGUCUAAAGACUGAACUCACCUGGCUAAGUUGUUUGUGUGUUUUGUUGAAUUUCUCCUUAAACCUUGUCGUCAUGUAAUGCCGUAUUUAUUGCUUGAAAAAAUGAAGGGAAUACUAAUAAGUCUUAAAAGUUCCUUCAUGCUUAAGGUUUUCCAGUUCAUGGGCUUCACUGGUGUACAUUUACUAGAAGUCCAUGCUGUAUUGUUUGCAUUAGUCGUUUUUCUUCUCGACAUAGUGUCUGGCACACAAAGGGGUUAGUACUACAGUGUUUGUGUUACUUUCCGUACUAAGUAUGCAGGUUCCCUGGUACCAUUGAGUUGCUGCUAUUUAAGCUCACACAUGAAAUGGCUAAAAGUUACAAGUGUGCGAAUUAUGACUGCGUGAGCCUUAGAAGAUAAAAAUGUUUAUAAAGGGCAACACAUGAGCUGUCAAACAGUGUUAGGUGUAUGUUUAUAUGUACAGAUUGUGCAUAGCGAUCAUUUUAUUUAAGUUGAUAUGUAGUCUGCUCACUUUCAUUAUCUAGCAAUUUUGUACAAUACUAGCAAUUCAUUUGUAAACACUGCCAGAAUAUUUUCUAGCUGGUUUGUAAUUUUUUAAGAGUGUUCUUUUGCUUUUGUUGUUGUUGUUGUGGGUCCUGUUUUCCUUUUUUGUUCUAAGUGUAGAUCUGUAAAUAAAAUUGCAGUAUUUAAAGCUUUAGCUUUCAGGAAAAAAGUCAGAACUCAGUGUGUGCAUGACAACUCGUGUGUAUGAGUGGAGGGAUUUGAAGGAAGAUGCCUUGGAGAGUGAGUUGGGCGGUAAUUGUCAGAUUGUGGAAAUUUCUUUUCCAAUGGGGUACAUGAUUUUGUCAAAUGGAAGUAUUUCUCCCAAAAUUGGGAGUAGGCAACUAAUCAGUUUAGCUUUGUGUUGUAUGCUAGUUUAAAAAAGAAAAUAUGUAAUAUAAUGUAAAAAAAAAAAGCUUUUAUGAUGGAUUUUGUAAAUAGAUUUGUUACAGGGUAUAACCUGUUCUAGCUGUGAUCUUACCACUUCAAAUGGGUGUAAUUUGAAUAAAUUUUGUAUGGUAAAGGAUCAAUAAAAUGAUUUUUUUUAAGAGUU